ACAGAAGUAACGAAGAAAAGAGGGCCAAACAAAGUCUGAGUCAAAGUGAGACUCUUCCCCAUUCCGAUCUCCUUUAAAGAAUAAUAGCUUCCCUCUUGCUGUGAUAUCAUACUUCAGAGCAACUAGAUCUCUGAUUCGAAUUCGUCGUCCGCUCCAUCGAUCGCCGUGUCAAUGGCGAUCCUCUUUCUCAUCCUCCUCCUCUUCUCCUCCUCCUGCUUCUGCCACGCCCAGCAGCUCUACAUAAACAACAAGCAGAACGCCUGCUCCGACAACAGCAGCUCCACCCUCGGCUACGUCUGCAACGGCCCCCAAUCCUGCUCCUCCUUCCUCACCUUCCGCUCCACACCCGUCUACCGCAAUCCAGUACUCAUCGCGUUCCUCCUCAACGCCUCCGCUUCCAACAUCUCCAGCAUCAACGGCGUUAACGAUGUCUCCACGUUCCCUGACGACCAGAUCGUCCUCGUCCCUUUGCCCUGCUCCUGCUCUGGCGGCUUCUACCAGCACAACGCCUCCUACUCCGUGGUUAGGCAAGAUACCUACUUGAUUAUUGCCAACAACACCUACCAAGGCCUCACCACCUGCCAGGCCCUCGACGCUCAGAACCCCAACAACGCUAGAAACCUCAGCGUCGACCUCCAGUUGAACGUCCCCGUCCGUUGUGCCUGCCCCUCCCCCGCCCAAUCCCGCAGCGGCAUCAGGUACUUGCUCAACUACCUCGUUACCUGGGGCGAUGACAUCCCCACCAUCGCCACCCGAUUCCGAGCCGACGAGCAGGCGGUGCGCGAUGCCAACAGCCUCUCCGCCGACGCCGUCAUCUAUCCCUUCACCACUUUGUUGGUCCCCCUCACGAGCGAACCCACACGAGACGAGAUCGUGACCCCGCUGCCUCCGUCGCAGCCCGCGGACUCGCCGCCCGCUGGGUCGACGCCUGGAUCCGGAAGCUCCUCCUCCAACAAAGGGGUUUUCAUCGGGGUCGGAAGCGGAGUCGGUCUCCUGGCCCUCUUCUGCGCCGGCGGCCUGAUCUGGUUCCUAUGCCGCCGCCGCCGCCGCCGCGGCCCUGUUACUGUUCCAGAUCUUCCUACCAAGAAAACUCCCCAAUCUUCCGCCGAGUACUCUGAGCUAUCCGAAAAGGGGCAUCAGGCGACCAAUCCCAGUCUAAUCUCCGUCGAAAUCAUCCGCGGCGCUCUGGAAUCGUUGAGGGCGUACGAUUUCCGGGAACUAGAAGAUGCCACCGGCGGUUUCGACGGCGAGCACAGAAUCAUGGGAUCCGUUUAUAGAGGAGUCAUCAACGGCGACGCCGCCGCCAUCAAGAGACUAAAAGGGGACGUGUCGAAGGAGAUCAACAUCCUGAAGCAGAUCAACCACUCGAACGUGAUCCGCCUCUCCGGCUACUGCCUCCACGGCGGCGACACCUUCCUCGUCUACGAGUUCGCCGAGAACGGCUCCCUCGCCGACUGGCUUCUCAAGAACGGUCUCGGGUGGAAGCAGAGGGUGCAGAUCUCGGUGGACGUCGCGCAGGGACUCAACUACCUGCACGACUACGCCAAUCCGCCGUACGUGCACCAGAACUUGAAAAGCAGCAACGUGCUGCUCGACGGCGAGUUGAGGGCCAAGGUGGGCGGCUUCGGCCUGGCGAGGCCGGUGGAGGACGGCGAGACGCCGCAGCUGACGAGGCACGUGGUGGGCACCCAGGGAUACAUGUCGCCGGAGUACCUCGAGCACGGGCUUAUCACUCCCAAACUCGAUGUGUUCGCUUUCGGGGUGGUGAUGCUGCAGCUCUUGUCGGGGAGGGAGGCUACAUUCCCGAAGGAGGAGGAGGACGGUGACGGCGGAAAGAAGGGAGGAGAGGCGAUGCUGUGGGCGGCGAUAGGGGCGGUGAUGACCGGCGAGGACGCGCGAGGGAAGCUGGUGGCUUUCAUGGAUCCUUGGCUGCGGAGGGAUUACCCGUUGGAUUUGGCGUACGAGAUGGCGAAGCUGGCGAAUCGUUGCGUGGCGAGGGAGCCGGUGGCGCGGCCGAACAUGGCGGAGGUGCUGGUGGCGCUGACGGCGAUCUACAACUCCACUUUGGAUUGGGAUUGUUCGGACGCCGCCAAUUCAAGCUCCAUGAUCCUUGCAAGAUAAGUAACAUCUAUUCUGCAGGCUUAGUUCAACUAUUUGUAUUUUUAUUUAUAAACAUUUCUGAUCAAAAUUAUUUUGGUUCAUCAUACUUUUUAGUGAGAUGCAAUUGUCUUCCACAUUUGUUUAGUUUUGCAUCAUAUAGUUACAUGCUCUUAUUGAUAUAAUAGUCUUGGUUAAAAUUAUUUUGCGGUGUAGAUUUGAUCAAAAUUGAUAUAUUAUAAAGUAGUUUUUUUUA